AUGGCGACUUCGGAGGCGGCGGCGGCGGCGGCGACACCGGUGGCGCCGGCAGAGGGGUCGGUGAUCGCGAUCCACAGCCUGGACGAGUGGAGCAUCCAGAUCGAGGAGGCCAACAGCGCCAAGAAGCUGGUGGUGAUUGACUUCACUGCCACAUGGUGUCCACCAUGCCGCAUGAUAGCUCCAGUUUUUGCUGAACUGGCCAAGAAGCACCCAAGUGUUGUUUUCCUGAAAGUUGAUGUUGAUGAAAUGAAGACCAUUGCUGAGCAAUUCAAUGUUGAGGCCAUGCCAACAUUCCUGUUCAUGAAGGAGGGCGACGUCAAGGACAGGGUUGUCGGCGCAGCAAAGGAAGAGCUAGCAAAGAAGCUUCAACUGCAGAUGGCCCAGUAG